CGGCUGCUCUGGCUGGAACGCGAAGCCGGCUGCGUACUGCUCCGAAGCCAUGAACCGCGGCGUGUGCCUGUGCUUGCUGAUGGCCGUCCUGGCGGCGGGCGCCCUGGCGCAGCCGGUGCCUCACGCGGACCCCACGGGCCCUCGGGUGCAGCAGGCAGAGGAGGCGCCCCGCAGGCAGCUGAGGGCGGUGCCGAGGGCGGACGAGGAGCCCCGAGCACACCUGGGCGCGCUGCUGGCCAGGUACAUCCAGCAGGCUCGGAAAGCUCCUUCUGGCCGAAUGUCUGUGAUCAAGAACCUGCAGAGCCUGGACCCCAGCCACAGGAUAAGUGACCGGGACUACAUGGGCUGGAUGGAUUUUGGCCGGCGCAGUGCUGAGGAGUUUGAAUACACCUCCUAGAAGACCUGGCCUUCAGCAGUGUGAUAGGAAGCAACCUCCUGACUCAAAUGAGGCAGAAUAAGAAAACAAUCACACUCAUCACUCGUCUCUGAUGUCUGACAUUUAAAGUAUCUAUUUAUUAAGUUUUCAAUGUGAAAAAUCUGUCUGUAUCAUUGUCCAACACAACUUUGCACCUUGGCAGAAAUGUACAAAAAGACAACAAAAUGUUUUCCUUAUCUGUGAUCCCCAGUCCUAAUGUGUUACAAUGCUAUUAAAGUGAUUUUCUUCUUC